CCAUAAUUGCAGCGCAACACAAUUGCUUUUGUGCGCCAAACUGCCAACAACGAAUUCAAUUUUGUAUCUUUUCUUUUUUUUUUUGUGUGUAGCACACAUGAACUUAAACAUAAGCUUAAGCAUUUUGUGAGAAACUGUUGUGUGCUUUUUUCCCUAAAUCAUUUUCAAUUUAUGCAGAGCUGUUAUAAAAAAUAAUCAUACAAUUUGUAAACAUACUGCAAAAAUUUCUGUAGUCCUUUCAAUGAAUUUGAUUUGCAAAUUAGUGUGAAAUUCGAAAUACGCUUUUUCUGAAACUGAUUUCAAGUGUACGAUUUAUUUAUGUAAUUUCUUCUGAAUUUAAAACAUAAUUUGAAUGUCGAAAGUAUUGCAAAAGUAAUGCAACUUACUUGUUAAUGCUACAAUAAAUUAAUGAAUGAAAUAUGAUGGCCUUUAUAUCGUGGCGUACUUAAAAAAAAGAUUAAAAUGUACAAGUUUUUUGUUUCUGUUCUUAUGAAUUGCGGAAAAACUUUGUUUACAAACAAUUCUUUGACUUGUCAGUAUAUUUCAAGAAAUUCUUACCAAAAUAAGAUACAAAUAACAAAUCUUUAUGCAGUAUAAGAAAACGAAUAUAGCUUAACAAUUGAAAUAUAAUGUAAAAGCUAUACCACAGAGAUUAUACAUAGCAAGGAAAUGUAAAGUAGUUAAAUAAGUUUUCUAAUUUCUACCUUUUUUUUGCAUACUGAAAUUGAAUUAGAGCAAAUGUAAUCAAAAGCAGCUACAUUUGAUUUUGUAUAAAACGUAAAUUGUUUAACUGCAUUCAAGUGUUGAAUAGAAUUUGCUUUGCUCUGGCCCCGGGCAAUGUCGUCUUCCAAUUCCAAAAAUUAACAUUGACAUUGAAUCAGCGAGUCAAGUAACGUGCUUCACCAUCACUUUCGCUGACCAAGCAUCGAUCUCGUGUCAACAUUCUCGCAUUCUAACUGACUUCUUCAGUCAGUCCACAAUGCAUUGCAGUCGCAUUAUCAUCAUCACAAUUUGCUUCUUCGUCUACUUCGGUAGUUGCAAUGCGUUGCCCGCUCGCCCCAUGUUGCACCGUCGUCAGGUGGUGCAGCCCACUUGGCUGUUGCAUCCCUCCCAGUUGGCCACGGGUCAGGCGGCCCUAGUGCGAGUGACGCCACAGAAUCUCAAGGAGGCGGAAGCGAUUCGCAGCUCCAUUCAGAAGGCGGUCAAAGAGGGCAGCUACGUGGUGGCCGCAGAUCCCAAGCAGUACCAAAUUGCGCUUUCGCAGCUGGGCUACAACACUGGCAUGCUUGGAGCAAGUCCAGCAAUGCCAAUGUUUCCAGCGCUUCCAACGAUGCCCAUGAUGCCGGCGUUCACGAUGCCAAAUGCCAGUUGGUGGCAGCAACCGCGUUUAUUUUCCACCUAAUCUCGCAAAGUUUAUUAUAUUUCAGUUGUAACACAUAUUAUAUAUAUAAUAUAUAAGAAUAUAUAUAGUAGUAGUAAAUGUCGCAUAGCGAUUUGCAUCUCAGCGAUCGAAUAGAUGUGGAAACUUGAGUAAUUUACGCAUCUUGAGAAACUGCAAAAAAAGUGAACGAAUUUUGUUUUUUUUUAUAUUUAUUUCGGUUCUCUUUGUAAAUUAACUGGAUUUUCACUUGGUUUUUAUUUAAAAAAAACAAAAAAAAAAUAUUUUUUUUUAUAUAUAAUAAUAAUAGUCAAUAAUCAAUAUGUAUGUAGUAAUAAUGAAGUAUAUACUAUGUAGCAUAUGAAAUUAACUAUCAAAAACAAUGCCAACAAUGCUAAUUUAUGUUUGUUUUGUUUGUCAUGAAAUUUGUUAUACUCUUUAAGCGAUAUAUUUUCGAUAUAUAAAUCGAUGCAAUCGCUGUACAAAAUUCUUUAAACAUUACUUUAUCUAGCUCUAAACAAAAAUGCUCUAAAAUACACGUACAUAUCAUAUCAUAUACAUAUAUCAUGUGUGUUUGUGUGUAUGGCGCAUCAAUAGGGUAUACAAUAGUCAUGUUUUAACUAGAACUAGGCAUUUGGUAUACAUAUAUCUAGAUCUUUAUAUAUAUAUAUAUUUAUAUAGUUAUUACAUUUAGGAUGCGCAAAAAACAUUUUCUUCGUGUGCGGCUUUAUAAGUUUUUGUUCCCGUUGCAAUGAAAACCGACAAAUAGCAAAUAUCAUUUCGAAAAACAUUAAACAAACUAAGAAAUAAACAGAAAAUGCUAUCAACGGCAUGCCGUAGUUAUUGUUAUAUCCUUGCAGAUAGUGCUAACAGAUCUUAAGUGAAUGAUAUUGUGGUCCAAAAUUUUGAAUCAAAA